UUCCCGCUCAGAAAUUCUUCCACUUUCGAGCGUCACCGGCGACAAUGACGUCAUCGCCGGAAUCGGAUAACAUAGCGGAGAAGCCAUUGGCAGACAAGGUUUCAGAAGCAGUGACGUCGAUGUACAAUUUUCUCGCCAAGAAAGGGAAGCCUCAAGGCCACGAGGUCACCGUUUCAGCCGCUUCUCUCCUCUCCAAUCUUCCUCAAGAGUUACGAGUGGUGGCGUUGGGCACGGGGAGAAAGUGUAUGGGGAGAUCGCGGUGGAGUUGAGGCGGCGAUGUCAUGAACGAUUCGCAUGCUGGAUUAAUCGCCAGGCGAUCUCUUCCAGGUUCGGACUUCAGUUUCUAAUGUAAAUGUUAAUCCGUAGGAGUAUUAUACUAGCUGAACCUGUAAAAAGAAUGAAGAAUUUUCCCCCUUGGUUUAAUCUCUAACUAACUGGUUAUUAUGAGCUAGAAGUUAAUUAGCAAAUCCCUUAUGUUUUCCUCAUAUGAGUAAAGCCUGGAAGUUGGCAAGUAUGGUACUAAUACAUUAUUAGCUGCUUCUGAUUCGAGCAUACUCCAUAUUCCUUCUCACAGUGCUGUACCAGAUUACCCAGUCUCUUACCGAGCACUCAUGAUACAUUAAUGUGUUAUCGGUUCUUUAGCAUGUCUUUGUAUAGUUCCCAUCCUAGACAACCAAGUGCAUCAUGUUAUAUGGAUCCAACCACAUAGUUUGUGUAACUUUGGAUGUAG